AUGGCUUCUCACGACGACGAUACUAUGCCUGAGGAGACUCAGGGCUACAAGCUCUCUCAGCCUAAGCAGAGUCUGGCCGAGUACCAGCAGAUGGAUGCCGGCGAUGAGUCUCUCCAGCGAUACAAGGAGUCACUCGGUCUCGGUGGUGGUACUGACAUCUCCGACCCCAACGACCCCCGAGUCUGCAUCAUUCUCUCCCUGACCAUGGACUCUCCUGGCCGUCCUCCCGUCACCAUCGAUCUCUCUACCCCCGGAAGCGAGACCACCCUCAAGGACAAGCCUUUCAACAUCAAGGAGGGUGCCAAGUUCACCAUGAGCGCCAAGUUCAAGGUGCAGCACGAGAUUCUCAGCGGUCUUCACUACGUCCAGGUCGUCAAGCGAAAGGGUAUCCGAGUCUCCAAGGACUCUGAGAUGAUUGGCAGCUAUGCUCCCAACACUGAUAAGCAGCCCACCUACGUCAAGAAGUUCCAAGAGGAGGAGGCACCUAGUGGCAUGCUUGCUCGUGGUCACUACAACGCCAUCUCUAGCUUCGUGGACGACGAUAAGAAGAAGCAUCUCGAGUUUGAGUGGAGUUUCGACAUCGCCAAGGACUGGUAG